AUGGCAGACUUAUCUAGCAAAGCACCUCGGAAUGAUGAGUUUACGGUGGGAUGGAUCUGUGCCCUCGCCAUCGAGUUAGCAGCCUCGGAGGGGAUGUUGGAUGAGAUUUAUCCGGCGCGGAAUCAACCCGAGGGCGAUGACAACGUGUAUACGCUCGGUCGAAUUGGUCAACACAACAUCGUGAUCGCGUGUCUCCCGGCUGGCAGUACCGGCAUUACCCCAGCAGCCAAGGGAGCAGCAGACAUGCUCCGAAGUUUCCCUAGCAUUCGUUUUGGGCUGAUGGUGGGGAUAGGCGGCGGAGCACCUUCCAGCCCCAGCAAGUCUCCUGAUGAAGAAGAUAUUCGGCUUGGUGAUGUGGUAGUCAGUGUUCCUGAUGGAGAGCUGGGUGGGGUUAUAAAAUAUGACCGUGGGAAGAUGGUGGCCGGCGGCCAGUUUGAACACACAGGAAUGCUCAAUAUGCCACCAGCUCAACUGCGAAACGGAGUAAAUAAAUUACGGGCGACUUAUGAGGUUCAACGGAAUGGAUUGUCGCGGCAUGUUACGGAUAUGAUCGAGAAAACACUAGCAUUAAGAGAGGGGAGCAACCCACGGUUUGGAGACCUAUACAGUCAUCAAGGGUGGGAGUAUGACCAGCUUUUUGAGGUAUCUUAUGAGCAUCAAGAGUCUGCUGUGCAGUCGAGCCUUCUUUCCUCUAAUUCCAGAAGUCAUAUUGUCAUCGCUGUCCUAGGUAUCAGUCUGUUCGCUUCUUGGGGCGCGAUUGCAUUCAACUCCAGCAGUGGUAUGUUGGCUUCUGCUUCGCUCUUUUCUGCCGCCGUCGCUCUGUUGGUGUUCUUAGUUGGGGCAGCAGCCGCAUUAAUGAGCGAUGGUCACACCGUCCGUAAAUCGGGAUCAAGUCAUCAUAAGCAACAACCAUGCCCAUACUGUGACACCUCCCGUUUGGUGCGUCGACGCCCUCGGACGACUACGGAUCCUGUCAUUCACCAUGGUACCAUUGCCUCCGCAGAUAUGGUGAUGAGGCACGCCGCCACGCGAGAGAGACUUCGCAGACAAUAUCGCAUACUGUGCUUCGAGAUGGAGGCUGCAGGGUUGAUGAAUGAUUUUCCUUGCCUGGUUAUUCGAGGCAUUUGUGAUUAUUCCGACACCCAUAAACAUAAGAUCUGGCAACGGUAUGCGGCUGCGACAGCCGCGGCUUAUGCCAAGGACCUCCUGAGUGUCAUUCCACCAGCUGAGGUGAUGAAGAUGGAAGUCGCUGCGGAGCUUGUUGAAACGGUCCGAAAGGAGAUAUCGGAAGUCAAGUUCAAGCUCAAUCCUCUACUUGACGAACAAGAGAGAAAGAUGCGCCAUAGAAUUCUGUCGUGGCUUGCUCCCUCUGCUCAGCAAGCUGAGCAAGUAGAUGCUUUCAGUAAGCACCGGCCGGGCACUGGUCAAUGGUUUCUGCAUUCCGAACAGUUUAGCCUCUGGCUAGAUGGGAAACAACAAACAUUGUUCUGCCCCGGGAUUCCUGGUGCCGGAAAGACAAUAUUGGCUUCCAUCGUCAUUGAUCAUCUGCAGCGAGAGAUAAGCAGAGAGACCCCGGUGGCUUACCUGUACUGCAGCUAUGAUCAAAGGCAGAUCCAAACUGCCUCCAAUCGACUUAGUAUCGUUCUGCGGCAGAUUUUGGAGCAGCUAUCCGGCCCAGUUCCCGCAUCGGUUCGUUCUCUCUAUGAACAACACGAAGCCAGGAGUUCCAAGCCGACAAUGAAAGAUUUAUCGAACACUCUUCUGGGAGUCGUCAUGGAACUUGAUCGAGCGUUCCUUGUCGUCGACGCCCUGGAUGAGUGCUCGGAGGAGACGUGCAGGGAACUGCUCGACCAAGUCCGGAGUUUACAAUCGAGUGGUAAACUCAGCUUCAUGGUAACAUCUCGGCCUUCCCUAGAGUACGCAUUCGAUGGUGCCAUACGGCUGGAUAUUAGGGCACAAGGGGCAGAUAUCGAAUGUUACCUGGACAGUCGUUGGAGUGAGCUAUCGCGUUCUGUUCAACAGGACGAGAUAUUGAAACUGAAGAUCACGCAACAGAUAAUCAAUUUGGUGGAUGGGAUGUUCUUGCUCGCGACCCUCCAUUUUGACUCCUUGAAAGAUAAAAGAACGAAAAAUGAGUUCCACCGUGCACUGGAUGCGCUCCCUCACGGCUCAGGAGCACUAAAAGAGGCAUAUGACAAUGCGAUGGAAAGAAUCAAUCGACAGAGAGUAAAUAACCGCGAAUGGGCUCAGCGUAUCAUCUCAUGGGUUAUACAUGCAGUGCGACCUUUGCGUCGGGAUGAGCUUCGACAUGCUCUCGCCAUAGAGAAGGGUGACCGUCGACUGGAAGAGGACAACUUCCCUGAUCUGGACGAAUUGAUUUCUCUCUGCGCAGGCCUAGUCAUCCAUAAUCAAGAAGCUGAUACGGUGCAGCUGGUGCACUAUACGACCUAUGAUUAUCUCACUGAUAUUGCCUGGGCCCUUGCGGCCAGAGACGCUAUAGCGACAAGCUGCGUUACGUAUCUCCUGUUCGAGACGUUCGGCACCGGCUCCUGUGCAUCCCGGGAGGAGUUGCAACGACGGCUAGAAAACAACUCGCUCUAUACCUAUGCCUCGGUCAACUGGGCACACCACGUCCGCACCUCUUCCUUGGAAGAAAAUGAUCUGGUCUUCGAAUUCCUUGGAAAUGAAGACUAUGUUUCCGCAAGCGGACAAGCGCUCAUGUAUACUCUGCUCCAUGGGUAUGAUGUCGGUCAACUACCACGUAAAUUGACAGGAAUGCACCUAGCAGCAUAUUUUGGCCUGGAAAGGGCUAUGCUGGUGUUGUUAGCAAAGCGCGUCUACGACACAAAUCCAAUCGAUAUUUAUGGCCAGACGCCUCUGCUCUGGGCUGUCCAGGGUGGACAACAGGCUGCGGUCGAGCUGCUUCUCAAGCAGGGCGCAGAUCUGAACCUGCUCACGGGAGCUACAGGAAAUAAUCUUACUCCCGUGUGGCUGAUAAACGGUUAUAUAACCACUGGUUUCAACAUGCCACUUGCGGUGGCUGUACAAAUGAAAAACUCAGCCCUAGUCGAGUUACUGCUGAACAACCAAGCGGAUCCAAAUCUUGACCCUGGUGGGAGUGCUACACCACUUUGGUGGGCUGCACGAGAAGGCUAUCUGGAGAUUACCAAUACCUUACUCCGGCACGGUGCUGAUCCAAACCUUGCGCCACCAGGUGGAGGCUCGCCUCUGUGGUGGGCCGUGAGUGAUGGGAACAUAGACAUUGCAAGGCUAUUGCUCGAACAUAAAGCAGAUCCAAACCCUGCUCCACCAGGCGGAGGCUCGCCUCUGUGGGUGGCCGUGAGGGAUGGAAAUAGAGACAUUGCAAGGCUGUUGCUCGAACAUAGAGCAGAUCCAAACCUUGCUCCACCAGAUGGAGGCUCGCCUCUGUGGUUGGCGGUGAGGGAGGAAAAUAUAGACAUUGCAAGGCUAUUGCUCGCACAUAAAGCAGAUCCAAAUUCUGCUCCACCAGAUGGAGGCUCGCCACUUUUCUGUGCUGCGCGGGAUCAGAACUCGGAACUUGUUAGACUGCUGCUCGAGCAUAAGGCCAGUCCUUUCUUCGAUCCCAUGACCUUCCACACACCAUCCUUUCUCAGUCGUAUGGGGGUAGGAAUAAUACACAAUUUGGAUGAUGAGGGUGGCGAAAGUGCAGAAGGUCAAUGUUGAUGUGGUUAGCAUCAUAACACCCUUCUCCAUACAUGCACAUAUCAAUGACAUUGGGAACGUGCAAAUGGUACCGUUCGAGCUUCCUACUUUGGAUAGGGCAUAUGCGUGUGUAUUGAUGGUUAGGGGAACACAUUGAUUAGAGAGCCAAUCGCAUCGCCAUUCAACCAAAUUGGGAGAUUGUCCGGCGACAUUGCAUUCUCAAAUUUUAGCUUGCUCACUCUGACACUCUGGCAGCAAGGCAAAAGCCACCAUUUCAGUCCAGUGAUUUACAGUAUCUUGGCCACUACAGGUGUUUCUUACCUCUCGAC